UACACUUCUCUUCUGAUCACUUCCGUCGCAAGCCAAGCUCCGAGCAGAGCAGUGAGGUCGAAGCAAUGGUCACCCCCGCGAUCAUGACGGCGCCCGGCGUCGCGGCCGUGGGCGCCCUGUGCGCCUACUUCCUUUGGCCGGCGGCGCCGGCGGCCGUGGCGAUGAUGAAGGCCCCGGGCACCGGCGGGGCGCUCAUCUCGCGGGCGGCGUUCCUGGCGAACCCGAAGCUCUACUUCCACAUGCUCCGGCACGCCGGGGUCAAGGCGGUGCUCGCCGCCUUCGGUGCGUGACGACAGCACCGUGUGUGUUGCUAGUGGACCUCUAGCUGUGUAAAAUACUCUUGGUACUGAUCGACGAAGAAGUUGCAGCAGUAGGUGUAGGUGUAGGUGUAGGAAUCCAUGCUGCUUAUUAUGUGGAUUGUAUCAGUACAGUACUAGCUUGCCAGUUCCCUAGCAACUUACUAGCUCUACUGAUCACUGAUUCGAGCUGCUUCUGCUGUGUGUGUGAAGCCAUGUUUCGUGCCGACCUCUAAUCAGAGCUGUAUAUGCAUGCCCGUGGUAUGAUA